AUGGUCAAACGUCAGCAAUUUGAUAUGGCUCCACCUAAUGCGUGCUUUAGUGGUGGAGGCUUAGUCCAUCAUGUUCGCCUGCCAAGCAGUCUUUUCUCCCCUGCUCAGGAAGCGAUCCUGCACGCGUCUGGAAGUGGCACGGCUUCACCAUCUAAGGACUACUGCAUGCUCUAUAACCCUUACUGGACAGCUCUUCCAAGUUCCCUAGAAAACGCAACUUCCAUUAGUUUGAGGAAUUUGACUUCCACAUCACUGUGCAAGCUUUCUGAUAUUCCUCCUGACGGGAUAAAGAAUGAAGCAGUCGUGGUACAGUGGGGAACCUGCAGUUUUCUUGAAAAAGCCAGAAUUGCACAAACAGGAGGUGCUGAAGCAUUGUUGGUUGCCAAUAACAGUGUCCUAUUUGCUCCCUCAGGGAACAAAUCUGAAUUUCAUGAUGUGAAAAUACUGAUUGCAUUUAUAUACAACAAAGACUUUAAAGACAUGAAGCAGACUCUUGGAGAUAACAUUACUGUGCAAAUGUAUUCUCCAUCAUGGCCUAACUUUGACUAUACUAUGGUGGUUAUUUUUGCAAUUUCUGUGUUCACUGUGGCAUUAGGAGGAUACUGGAGUGGACUAAUUGAAUUGGAAAGCAUGAAGGCAAUGGCAAACACUGAAGACAGAGAAAUUAGGAGAAAGAAGGACGAAUAUUUAACUUUCAGUCCUCUAACAGUUGUAAUAUUUGUGGCCAUCUGCUGUGUUAUGAUGGUCUUACUGUAUUUCUUCUACAAAUGGUUGGUUUAUGUUAUGAUAGCAAUUUUCUGCAUAGCAUCAGCAAUGAGUCUAUACAACUGUCUUGCCGCACUAAUUCAUAAGAUACCAUAUGGACAAUGCACGAUUGCUUGUCGUGGCAAAAGCAUUGAAGUGAGACUUAUUUUUCUCUCUGGACUGUGCAUAGCAAUAGCUGCUGUUUGGGCUGUGUUUAGAAAUGAAGAUAGGUGGGCUUGGAUUUUACAGGAUAUCUUGGGGAUUGCUUUCUGUCUGAAUUUAAUUAAAACACUGAAGUUACCCAACUUCAAGUCAUGUGUGAUACUUCUAGGCCUUCUCCUCCUCUAUGACGUGUUUUUUGUUUUCAUAACACCAUUCAUCACGAAGAACGGCGAGAGUAUCAUGGUUGAACUUGCAGCUGGACCUUUUGGCAAUAAUGAAAAGAAUGAUGGAAACUUGGUGGAAGCCACUGCUCAGCCCUCAGCUCCCCAUGAGAAAUUACCAGUAGUCAUCAAAGUACCAAAACUGGCCUAUUUCUCAGUAAUGAGUGUGUGCCUCAUGCCAGUUUCCAUAUUGGGCUUUGGAGACAUUAUUGUACCAGGCCUGUUGAUUGCGUACUGUAGAAGAUUUGAUGAGCAGACUGGUUCUUCUUCUUCUAUAUACUAUGUCUCCUCCACAAUUGCCUAUGCUGUUGGCAUGAUACUUACGUUUGUUGUUCUGGUGCUGAUGAAAAAGGGGCAACCUGCUCUCCUGUAUUUAGUACCUUGCACACUUAUUACUGCCUCAAUUGUGGCUUGGAGACGUAAAGAAAUGAAAAAGUUCUGGAAAGGUAGCAGCUAUCAGAUGAUGGACCAGCCAGACUAUGCAACAAAUGAAGAAAACCCUGUGACUGCUGGUGAACAGAUUGUCCAACAAUAAUACUAUGUGAACCUGCCGUAAUGUGUCAGAUUUUCUGCAAAUAGACUUUUGAAUUGACAAUCUGAAAGAAUCAAUGAUAUGCUUGCAGUAUAUAUUUUUAAGAGCUGGUACUGACAAUUAUGUCGUAAGUAAUUAAAACAUAUUUGCUUUUAACUAUGUUAAAGUUGUGCCUUCACAUUAAAUAAAAGGAUAUGGUCUGUAUAACUUUCAAAAUGUAUUAUAUACAGUAUAUUUUUCUAAAAAAAAGUGUUGAUCCACCCCUGUAUUUUUCUUACUGAAAUCUAUUUCUUUUCAACUCUAAUGAUAGGUAUUUCUGCCCAAGUGAGUUUCUGAACAGAUUUUACUGAAAAGAAUUAUGCAAAAUUUAUGCUUUAUAGAAAUAAUUGUUUAAGAUCAUGCAAGAAGGCAGUUCAACAAUAAAAUUUUGGACUUUUAUCACCGCAGAGGUUAGAAAAAAUGUAAUUUGGGAAUAUAUAAGUGCAUAUUUUUAUAGCAUAAGUUUAAAAAAUUUUCAGUCCUUUUUAAAACUUGAGAACCUGAAUUGCUUCGAAUUGCUAUGUAUUAUAUUAGAAUAUUUUUCCACUUAUAGAGAAACAUAAUAUAUAGAACUAGUCAUUAAAAGGAUACAAAAACUGA